GACACGCCACGUUCCCUAGCCGGAACCGCGCAUCAUCUGUGCUGGAAGCGCCGUGUUCUUAUCUAUAUAAGCGCGAUGAUGACUAAAGAUCUUAGAUCUCUCCUCAUACUUCGACAUCAAGCAUGACUCGCACAAGACGAAGACACGGCGCUGUGUCAGACAUAUCCCGGUUAUCGCUCGCCCAGCAUCAGACUAAUAUUAAUCUGUAGCCCCAGCACGCGACUAUUUUUCGUGUGAACUUUCUACUUAUACCCCAUUUACCCUCAAUGCCCCAUUUCACGCGGGAGCUAGCCAUUAGACUGACUACUAUUCACAUGUGAUAGGCCACUUCAAUCCGCAUGUCUGGAGCUUAAAACUUUGCCGAGUGUGGGGUCUGGAACGUUCCAAUAGUCUAACUAAACUACUGUACCACGACAUAGAGUCACGACUUAGAUAUCUACCUCAAAAGGCUGCUUAUACCGCAGAUCUCUACGCCACUUGACGUAGUAGUGAAACUUCCUUCUACAUCAAUUUUUUUAAUCUCAGGAGGUCAACCCGGCAGAAAUACGAUUUUGCGCGCAGGAGGACAGGUAUUCUCAACUUGUGCUAUAAGUGAUCGCAGGACUACACAGCGCUACUAUCCUAUGAUGGAUGAGUCACGAGACGAAAAAACUCAAGGGGCAAUGACCACAACCUCACAAAUGGAUCUCCCCGGAUCGCAGACCAAAAACGCAUCAAGGCUCUCGCCGUGGUUCGUGAGGUUAUCGAAUUGGGGCGUUGAGCUGCGUGGCAUCACACCGGUACCUCUAGAAGAGAGGACUGACAAGCGAUUCAUCAACGUAUUCUUCGUCUGGUUUGCCAUGAGCAUCAACCUCUUACCUGUCAUUACAGGGAUUUUAGGGACAUUUACCUUCGGUCUUAGCCUGCGAGACUGCUCUCUCGUCAUCCUGUUCUUCAGUCUUAUAUGCACAGUCCCCCCAGCCUACUUCUCUACGUUUGGCUCUAGGACGGGACUGCGUCAGAUGAUUCAUGCACGCUACACGUUUGGAUACUUCUUGACAUCCGUUAUUGUCCUCCUGAACCUGGCGACCGUGUCUGGCUUCGGAAUCAUUAGCUGUGUACUGGGUGGUUCGACUCUCGCUGCCGUUGCGGAUGGGAAUAUCGACAGCACGGCAGGUAUCAUCAUCAUUGGCCUGAUUGGAUUAUUCGUCUCUUUCGGCGGAUACCGUUUCCUCCACGAAUUCGAGCGGUACUCGUGGAUCUUCAAUUUGGUCGCCAUCAUCAUCGCUACGGGGGUAGGGGGCAAGCAACUUCCCAAUCAAGUCGAGACACCGCCUCCGCCCCCAUCUGUGAUCGUGAGCUAUGGUGGUGUUAUCGCGGGAUUUCUCAUACCCUGGGCUGCGAUGGCAUCCGACUUUUCCGUGUACUGUGACCCGUCAGUUUCCACUUUCCGCAUUUUCGCCUAUACCUAUGCUGGCCUGUUCGUUCCAACUGUCCCGUUGAUGGUUCUGGGGGCAGCGAUCGGCGGCUCCAUAUCUGGCAAUCCCACGUGGGCUGAAGGAUACGAGAAGUACAUAGUUGGUGGUGUCCUUGAGGCCAUGCUGAAGCCUGCUGGAGGAUUCGGCAAAUUCGUGGCCGUGCUCCUUUCGCUCUCGGUCAUUGGUAACCUUUCGGCAUCCAUGUACUCCAUCUCUCUUAACUUCCAACUCUUGGUCCCGUUCUUUCGCCACAUCCCUCGCUUCGUGUUCUCCAUAGUGUACACCAUCAUCGGCAUCCCCGUCGCCGUAUACGCGGCCAGGUCCUUCUUCGCAAGUCUUGAGAACUUCAUCUAUCUCAUCGCUUACUGGUCAGCGGCCUACGUUGCUGUUGUCGCGGUCGAGCAUUUCGUCUUCCGUAAGGCGAACCCUGCUUUGUAUGUGCCUGAGCACUGGGACCAGCCGGGAAAGCUGCCAACUGGGAUUUCUGCUAUCCUUGCUGCCGGGUUAUCCUUUGCCCUUGUCGUACCAUCUGCCUCACAAGUCUGGUAUACUGGUCCGAUAGCGGAGACUACAGGGGAUAUCGGUUUCGAAGUCGCCCUUGUCCUAUCGCCGAUACUCUAUCUACCGAUUCGCUGGCUCGAAUUGAAAUGGAGGCCGAUAUAGGUACACCUAUUUCAAGGUCUUUCAUGUAGCUCAAUGCAAAAAGCAAGGAUUGAGUAAGAGGGUUGUUGCCAGUGCUAUACGGAGUAAUCAAGGUCUAAUUACUGUCUAACCACUAUAUAAGCGCCGAAUAACUAGGCAAUAAUAAGGGGAUAAUGAAAGUAUAGCUAAUGUAUAACCAUGACCUCACUAACAAAUAACUACGUGUAGGUAGUCUCAAUAGAAAAUGAGAGGAGGUCCUAAGUAAGCUAACAUUGAAGACUCCGGAGGUGGUGUACUCUGCUACAACCUUCUAUAACCUCUCUUGGUAUCGCGCUAGGCGUGGCCCUUUAUGGGAGUGUUUCCGAACAGCAGUAGGUAUCAUGCGACUCACGCUAAGCUAGCCUGCCAAGAGUAACCUGACAAGGUUGAUUUCCUAGCACUUCAACCAUACUUAGUAGAUAUGAUAUUACCUAUGAAGAUGGAGAGGGGCUUAUUGGGCACUCCUGAUAAUAUCCAGAUGUCGUGUGCACGUCAGGCCUUGCCAAAAAGCGUUCUAGUCAGUCAGCUUCACAAUUCUCAACAGUCCAUAAAGAAAAGAUGAAGUAUAUG